AUGCAACAACAAUUUCAUCAUCAAGCAUUCUCUCCGAUGGGAUUAAAUAAAUAUCGUCAUCAUCAUCCGGAUCGUAAUAAUAAUAAUCAUGAAUUAAUACAAGAAGAACGUUGGUCGACGCAAUCAUCUCAUGAAAAACAAACACAACGAAUUUAUAAAAUUGCAAAUCAUUUAUUUCCCGAAAAAGCUAACAAUCCAUACAAAUCUCAUAAUAGAAAUAGUACAAUCAAGCAUAAUUUUAAUAGUGAAUAUAAUAAUAAUUUUCAUGAACAUUGCAACAACAAACAUAUUUCCGAUUUGUGGAGGGAAAGAAUACGACUUAUAACCUAUAUUAUCCAAACCUUUUUAACUCAGCAAUCAAAGCAACAACAUUUAGAUGAACAUAGCGACAAGCAAGAUCUUACAAGACAUACCAAAUUACAACAGGCCAUUGACAAGCCACAACGAUGGACUCAAUUUUUGAAAUUGUACUGGCGUGUAGCACAACAAAAACUCUCACAAAAUCCAACCUCUUACUUUAAGAAUUUAUUACCUUAUUUACCUCUUGCUUCUGUGACAGGAAUGGCACUUUCAGAUAUGAAAGAUCCUUCAUCAUCAAUAUUACGAAAUGUAUUGGGUACAUACUUGUCAUCCAUUUCCGGUGCGCUAAAGCAAACGAAAGGCAUUGGACUAUUGAAUCAUCAUCAUGACUUGAAAAUUUCCAUUCCUCAGGUUUCAGUUCAUCAUCUCAGUAUGAUUGAAAUUUUGAUUGCCAUUUCCAUUAUUGUGACAUUUUCUGGGCUUACAGGAGCUGUUCUUGCUCAAGUUUAUGAAGAAAGUAGAGUCAGCAAUGCUCUCCUAGAUUUAGCCAAACUUCAAGAAGGACUUGUUCUAUACUAUACAAGACAUGGCAAGUAUCCCCUUGCUUUGGAAGACUUGUUAGAAGGUGGUGAAUUGAAUAAGGUACCCAAAGAUCCAUGGGGAACUGACUAUUUAUAUGUACCUCAUUUAGAUUGGAAUCGUUUGAAUCGGAUUCUACUCACCACAAGCGGUGGAGGAAGUGCUGGAAGUAGCUCGAGCAUUUCGCAACAACUUUCCUACUACAAUGAGGUUCUCAAGAGAAUGGAAACGGUUCUAUUGACGUUACCAGGUGGUGUGACACCCAUGUCCUUACUCGCCAUUGCCAAUGACCAACCCUUCUGUAUUUGUGUCGGCACGAAAAUACCUCGCUUCCCAAGCAAGAUUGACGUCGAUGUUUCUCGAGAACGUAUUCGUUACACUGCCAGUCUCAUGAAGAUGGCGAUGGAGCGUAGUAGUGUUGCCAGUAGUGUCUCACAGCAAGGUUCUUCUCAACAACAAACAUCCAUCAUGAAUCAAAUUGCAGAGUUGAAUGCUCGUAUCAAGAACAUUCUCAAUAUUGCUCGCUCGGGUGCUGGUGGAGGUGGCACUGAAUAG